AUGUCUUCUGUUCUGAUCUUCGUAUGCUUACUACUACCAUUCCUCAUCGAUAUCACACUUUGUGCUGCAGCUCAGCUGGACUUGAAGGCCACUCUCGUAGCCGAUCAUUCGCGUAAAACUUUCCGACAAGAUGCGAGCGAUGAUUUAGUAGCUGCGUUGCUUCAAGAUCAACCAUCAACCACUAGCUCUAAUACUCUUAAAGAUCAUGGAAUAGCUUCAGAACCUUUGAAAGACUUUGCGCACACUUUCAUUGAAUCUGCUCGCAGUUCUAUGGAAGAUAGCGAAGAUCCAAAUAUUUUUCGCAAAUUCUGGUAUGAUCCAAGAUACAAGAUACAUGAUCUCUGUGAACCGGAACGAAGCGGUCAUCAGACGAAUGAACUAAUAUGGACAGAGUCUGGUGAUAGAAUAUUAAAAGUAAUCGGGAAUGGAGUUGUCAAAGACGGUUAUAACAUGUUUAUGGCUCCUUCACAAGCUUGGGGUGAAAGAACGGAUGUUCACGUGGCUAUUUAUAUAGAAUCAAUGUCUUCAUUUAAAGCUCAAACAAUGGAUUUCGAAGUCGAUAUGUAUUUAGCUAUGGGAUGGUUUGAUCGACGUUUAGCACACAAUUGUACUUAUCCUAUUUUGGUAACAAAUAAAUUAAUAGCUGAUAGAAUGUGGCAUCCAGAUUUGUAUUUUGUAAAUUCCAAAUUUGCAUAUUUACAAGAAGUUACAACUCCAAACAUGAUGGUUAUCAUCUAUCCAGACGGUUUAAUAUUCAAAUCUAUGAGAUUAGAUGUUACUUUAUCCUGUAUGAUGGAUUUAAAACUGUUUCCAAUCGACUACCAGGAAUGCCCUCUGGUUAUUCAAAGCUAUGCUUAUAUUGAACAACUAGUCAAUCUAACAUGGCAUGUUGAUCCUCCAUACUUUCCAAUCGGUUCUAAUGCAGAUAUCAAACUCAAUGAUAUGGCAAUCACAAAGACAAAAUUCGAGAAAUGUGCUGGUCCUUAUCCAAUGUUCAGAGGGGCAGCUGAUUGGAGUUGUAUUCGAGCAUUUAUUGUGAUGAAACGACUCGUAUUAUUCCAUAUUAUUCAGACAUAUAUUCCGACGGGUAUGUUGGUAUCAAUUUCUUGGAUGUCAUUUUGGUUAGAUCCUCGAGCAUCUCCAGCUCGAAUAUCUUUGACAAUCACAUCUCUCCUCACUUUGACAACGAUGAGUAAUGGUGCUCGUCAAGAUCUACCGCAAGUGUCUUACAUUAAAGCCUUGGACAUCUGGCUGACGUUCUCACAGGCUCUUAUCUUUCUUGUACUCCUAGAAUAUUCAUUUGUAUCCUUUUAUGUAACAAAAAGGGUGUUUGAUUGUGUUCAUAGACGAGCUUACAACCAUCAAAAACUUCGAAACAACAAUGUUCACAAGUUAUCGGAUGAUGAAAACAUGAAAACCCAAGAUGACAUUCCUGAAUCAUAUCCGUUUGCGCGGUGCGACAGUCCUCCUCUAGCCUCCAGAACGGAUGCAGCGAAAAGCCGAACAGGAGGUGGUCCAGCUUUUUCUUUAUCACAAGGAUUAUCAGCUUGUAUGAAUCAUACAGCGACUUUAUUCGGAACGGCUCUUGUGGCCGAGCGAAUCGCCACCACAGAAUGGCUUGAGAGUGAAGCUGAGAAUAGUGCGCUCAUGUCAGCUACACCACAUGCAGCAGCUCAUAUCUACAGCAAGUACGAUUUCACAAAGCCCUGUCAGAAGUGCGCUUUACGAAAUGAGCGUAUAGCACGACGCAUAGAUAGAUAUAGUCGAUGGGUGUUUCCGACGACAUUUUCCAUUUUUUGUAUUUCCUACUGGCUAUACUUCUCAUGGAGGAAUUCGCUGAAUGAAGCUGCUGCAGCAGAUAAAACUUAA